AUGCCUCCUCAGCUCCCCAGCAGCCUCAAUUUCUCGGCCAAGGUCGUCCAGGGCACCCUAGACAGCCUGCCCCAGGCGGUGAGAGCAUUCGUGGAGAGUAGCGCCAAGCUGUGCCAGCCCGACCAUAUCCACAUCUGUGACGGCUCCGACGGCGAGAACCGGAAGCUGCUGGACCAGAUGGAGGCCCAGGGGGUGAUCAAGAGGCUGCGGAAAUACCACAACUGCUGGCUGGCUCUCACUGACCCCAGGGAUGUGGCCAGAAUUGAAAGCAAGACGGUCAUCAUUACCCAAGAGCAAAGAGAUACCGUGCCCAUCCCCAAAACCGGCCCUAGCCAACUAGGUCGCUGGAUGUCCGAGGAGGACUUCGAGAAAGCAUUCAAUGCCCGAUUCCCAGGGUGCAUGAAAGGUCGCACCAUGUACAUCAUCCCAUUCAGCAUGGGGCCGCUGGGCUCCCCUCUGUCGAAGAUCGGGAUCGAGCUGACAGACUCCCCCUACGUGGUGGCCAGCAUGCGCAUCAUGACGAGGAUGGGCACCCCGGUCCUGGAAGCGCUGGGCGACGGGGACUUCGUCAAGUGCCUCCAUUCCGUGGGAUGCCCUCUGCCUUUAAAAAAGCCCCUGGUGAACAACUGGCCUUGCAACCCAGAGAUGACCCUCAUCGCCCACCUGCCCGACCGCAGGGAAAUCAUCUCCUUCGGGAGUGGGUACGGCGGGAACUCGCUCCUCGGGAAGAAGUGCUUCGCCCUCAGGAUAGCCAGCCGGCUGGCUAAGGAAGAGGGGUGGCUGGCAGAACACAUGUUGAUCCUGGGCAUCACCAACCCCAAGGGCCAGAAGAAGUAUUUCUCAGCAGCCUUUCCCAGUGCCUGUGGGAAGACCAACCUGGCCAUGAUGAACCCCAGCCUCCCAGGGUGGAAGAUAGAGUGUGUGGGAGAUGACAUUGCCUGGAUGAAAUUUGACCAAGAAGGUAACCUAAGGGCUAUCAACCCAGAAAAUGGCUUUUUCGGGGUGGCUCCUGGAACCUCUGUGAAGACCAACCCCAACGCCAUCAAGACCAUCCAGAGGAACACCAUCUUCACUAACGUGGGCGAGACCAGCGAUGGGGGCUUUUAUUGGGAAGGUAUCGACCAGCCGCUGGCCCCGGGCAUCAGGCUCACAUCGUGGAAGAACACCGAAUGGUCCCCCCAGGACGGGGAACCUUGCGCCCAUCCCAACUCACGCUUCUGCACCCCUGCCAGCCAGUGUCCCAUCAUCGACCCUGCCUGGGAGUCUCCGGAGGGGGUGCCCAUCGAGGGCAUCAUCUUCGGAGGCCGCCGACCUGCCGGGGUCCCUCUGGUCUACGAAGCUCUCACCUGGCAGCAUGGAGUGUUUGUGGGGGCGGCGAUGCGAUCAGAGGCCACAGCAGCUGCAGAACACAAAGGCAAGGUCAUCAUGCACGACCCCUUUGCCAUGCGGCCUUUCUUUGGCUACAACUUUGGCAAAUACCUGGCCCACUGGCUCAGCAUGGCCCAGCGCCCAGCAGCCAAGCUGCCCAAGAUCUUCCACGUCAACUGGUUCCGGAAAGACGACGAAGGCAAAUUUCUCUGGCCGGGCUUCGGGGAGAACUCCAGGGUGCUGGAAUGGAUGUUCAACCGGAUCAACGGGGAAGCGGGUGCCAAGCUCACACCCAUAGGCUACAUCCCUGAGGAGGGCGCCCUGAACCUGAAAGGCCUGGGGGACGUCAACGUGAAGGAGCUCUUCGACAUCCCCAAGGGGUUCUGGGAGAAGGAGGUGAAGGACAUCCAGAAGUACUUGGAGGAGCAAGUUGACACCGACCUGCCCUAUGAGAUCGAGAGAGAGGUCCUUGCCCUGAAGCAAAGGAUCAGCCAGAUGUAA